AUGUUUAUGAACUUGAUGUUAUUACUGGAAGCUGAAAAAAGAAUUAGUGUUGGCAGCAGACAUAACUCUGCACUAGCAACACUUGAUGGAAUUGAUGUAAUGGGAAGCAAAUUAGCAGAUGAGGUGAUAUCUAUGAUAGAACGCAAUCCUAAAGUUGAAAAGAUAUCAUUUAUAGGUCACUCACUUGGUGGCCUGAUAUCAAGAUAUGCUAUUGCUAAGCUCUACACACAGAAUCAAACAUACCAAGACAGAUCUGGAAAAAUUGCUGGAGUUGAGGCUAUUAACUUUAUUACAGUUGCGACUCCACACCUUGGCUCAAGAGGACACAAACAGGUCCCAAUGUUCUGUGGAGUCAGAGGUCUUGAGAAAAGUAGAGUACCACAGUUCAGUGGUGGUUAG